AUGGUUCUAGAAUGGUCCAUUUUCAGUUUCACCAUCAAUCUGCACAACUCUGCGGCUGACUUCUCUGGAAACGAUGUUCCCCUUCAUGUCAGUGUGCGUUUCGACGAAGGAAAGAUUGUCUGUAAUUCAUUUGCAAAGGGAGAAUGGGGAAAGGAAGAGAGAAAGAGCAACCCAUACAAGAAAGGAGACGACAUCGACAUCCGUAUCCGAGCUCACGACAGCAAAUUCCAGAUCUUUGUUGACCAGGUAAGGUAUUUCAUUCUCAAUUUUCAAGCGUAG